CUGGUUGGUCUUUUCUCUAAGCUGUAGUCACACAUCUGCUUCCUUUGUGCUGGACGGUAGCAAACAAGAGGAGAGGCCUUUGUCUUCCUCCAUCAUGCUGUCAAGUAAGAAAGACCCAGGCUCCUCCUCCUCCUCCUCUUCAUCAGGAGGGAAUGGGGCUGAUCGGACCAUGGAGACCUCUGCAGGCUCCCAGUCAGGAGCUGCGACUGGUUCCGCUGCUUCUUCGGCAGAUGUGAAGAAGAAGGAAAGGGCGUCCCCAAGUGGAGAGGCGAGUGGAGCACCACUGCCUCACCUACCUGGCUCAGCAGGAGCGGAUCAGGACUCAGCUGAAGGGCGCAGGACCAGCCGCCGCAAGAGACCCAAAGUGGAGUACAGGGAGAUGGACGAGAGCCUGGCGAACCUGUCGGAGGAUGAAUACUACUCAGAGGAGGAAAGAAACGCUAAAGCGGAGAAAGAGCGAAAGCAGGUGGUCCCUCCACCACCUCCACCUGUGGAGGAGGAGAAUGACAGUGAGCCUGAAGAGCCCUCGGGUUUAGAGGGUGCAGCCUUUCAGAGUCGCCUCCCACAUGACCGAAUGACAUCACAGGAAGCAGCAUGUUUCCCUGACAUCAUCAGCGGGCCACAGCAGACUCAGAAAGUCUUCUUGUACAUCCGGAACCGCACGCUUCAGCUCUGGUUGGAUAACCCAAAGAUCCAGCUUACAUUUGAGUCUACAGUGCAACAGCUGGAGGCACCUUACAACAGUGAUGCUGUCCUAGUCCACAGAAUCCACAGCUACCUGGAGAGGCAUGGCCUCAUAAAUUUUGGCAUCUACAAGAGAGUCAAACCUCUACCAAGUAAGAAGACAGGGAAGGUGAUUGUGAUUGGUGGAGGAGUGUCUGGUCUGGCAGCUGCAAGGCAACUGCAGAGCUUUGGCAUGGACGUCACUGUGUUGGAAGCUAGGGAUCGUGUUGGAGGAAGGGUAGCCACCUUUCGCAAAGGCAAUUACGUAGCGGACCUGGGAGCAAUGGUGGUGACGGGCCUAGGUGGAAAUCCUAUGGCGGUUAUCAGUAAGCAAGUAAAUAUGGAGUUGGCUAAGAUUAAACAGAAGUGCCCCCUCUAUGAGGCCAAUGGCCAGGCUGGAGAGCGAUGCACAAGCGUUCCUAAGGAGAAGGAUGAGAUGGUGGAGCAAGAGUUUAACAGGCUUCUGGAGGCCACAUCCUACCUCAGCCACCAACUUGACUUCAACUUCCUCAAUAACAAACCUGUGUCUCUUGGCCAGGCCUUGGAAGUGGUCAUACAGCUGCAGGAAAAACAUGUGAAGGAUGAGCAGAUCGAGCACUGGAAGAAGAUUGUAAAGACGCAAGAGGAGCUCAAAGAGCUUCUUAAUAAGAUGGUGUCCACUAAGGAGAAAGUGAAGGAGCUGCAUCAACAGUACAAAGAGGCGAGUGAGGUGAAACCUCCCAGGGACAUUACAGCUGAGUUCCUGGUCAAGAGCAAACAUCGUGAUCUUACCACCCUUUGCAAGGAAUAUGAUGCAUUGGCUGAGCAGCAGGUGAAACUUGAGGAGAGAUUACAAGAGCUGGAGGCCAAUCCACCCAGUGAUGUGUAUUUGUCAUCAAGAGACAGACAGAUUCUAGACUGGCACUUUGCAAACCUGGAGUUUGCCAACGCCACACCUCUAUCUACCCUCUCUCUCAAACACUGGGAUCAGGAUGAUGAUUUUGAGUUCACAGGGAGUCACCUGACGGUGAGGAACGGCUACUCAUGUGUUCCAGUGGCUUUGGCUGAGGGGUUGGACAUCAAAUUGAACACGGCUGUGAGGCAGGUGCGCUACACCUCAUCAGGGUGUGAAGUGAUAGCUGUGAACACGCGUUCAACCACGCAGACAUUUAUCUACAAAUGUGAUGCGGUUCUGUGUACCCUUCCUCUGGGUGUGAUGAAGCAGCAGCCACCUGCCGUACAAUUUGUGCCUCCACUCCCUGAGUGGAAGACCUCUGCCAUUCAGAGGAUGGGCUUUGGCAACCUCAACAAGGUGGUGCUGUGUUUCGACCGUGUGUUUUGGGACCCGAGCGUGAACCUGUUCGGUCAUGUAGGGAGCACCACAGCCAGCCGUGGAGAGCUCUUCCUUUUUUGGAACCUCUACAAAGCUCCCAUUCUGCUGGCACUGAUGGCUGGAGAGGCUGCAGGCAUUAUGGAGAACAUCAGUGAUGAUGUCAUUGUGGGCCGUUGUCUAGCAAUCCUAAAAGGAAUCUUUGGUAGUAGUGCAGUUCCUCAGCCGAAGGAGACGGUGGUGACGCGAUGGCGUGCAGACCCCUGGGCUCGUGGCUCAUACUCUUACGUGGCAGCUGGUUCCUCUGGUAAUGAUUAUGACCUCAUGGCCCAGCCAAUCACGCCCGGACCUGCCAUACCUGGGGCCUCACAGCCAGUUCCUCGUCUCUUCUUCGCUGGAGAGCACACAAUCCGGAACUAUCCAGCGACGGUACAUGGAGCUCUGUUGAGUGGUCUCAGGGAGGCAGGACGCAUCGCUGAUCAGUUUCUUGGAGCCAUGUACACAGUGCCACGACAGAACACACCUGCUACCAAUCCCCAGCCCUCUCCCAAUGCAGAGGGGAAAAAAAGUUCUUGUGAAAGCUUCAUAACUUCUGCCGUUGUUCAUGAUCUUGGUCGACCAUUUAGUUGAGAAUGGAGGGAAAAAAAAUAGCUUGAAGUGCAUUCCUCUUAUUUUAAAUUUCUGUUGAAAUAUGAAAAGUUGUUAAUGAUUUUCAAGUAAUUGAGCCAGCUAGUUUCAAUGUUUUGUUAUAUAAUUUUCAUUACAGUCUAGGUUUUAUAUUGUCAGAAUUUGGUAUUAAAUGAAGAAAAGUAA